UGCGCCUGCGUUUUUGAACACGGGCUUGUAUUAUUGGUCUUCGAAAAGUCACGAAGUUAAUUUAUAGUCUAGUCUGUCGAUUAGAUAGCUCAAUUAACUGAUGAUGAAUUGUCUAGCCAACGAGAGUUUAAACUUGUUAAAGAUCUCGCCUUCUUCUGCUUGGAGACUACUAUCUACGGUUACCAAUUUUCGAAAUCCUUCAUUAAUUUCCGGCAAAGACUGUAGUUCUUUGGCUCCUUUUAACCCUUUUCACUUCUUCAAUGAUCAAACAAAUUCUAGGUUUUGCACGCUCAGAACAACCAGAAUUUUGCAAGCGCAUUUGCUUAGACGAUAUCUUUUGCCAUUUAAUGUUUUCCUUACUAAAUCUUUGCUUAAUUGGUUCUCGAUUUCGGGUUCCAUGGGUGACGCAGCUAAGCUGUUCGACACAAUUCCUCAACCAGAUGUUGUUUCUUGUAAUAUCAUGAUCUCUGGCUACAAACAGAAUCAAUUGUUUGAAGAAUCAUGUAGAUUUUUCUCUAAGAUGCAUUUCUUGGGUUUUCAGGCCAAUGCAAUAAGUUAUGGUUCUGUACUUUCGGCUUGUAGUAUCCUUGAGGUUCCUCUGUUCUGUGAGCUGAUAUGUUGUCAUACGAUAAAGAUGGGUUUUUUUUUGUCUGAAGUUGAAUCAGCUUUAAUCGACGCAUUCUCAAAAAGUCUUAGAUUUCAGGAUGCUUAUAAGGUUUUCCGUGAUACUUUAUCUGCUAAUGUGUAUUGUUGGAACGCUAUCAUCACGGGGGCACUCAGAAUUCAAGAUUAUGGUGCUGUUUUUGAUCUUUUCUAUGAAAUGUGUGGUGGCUCUCAAAAACCUGAUAGUUAUACAUUUUCCAGUGUUUUGGCUGCUUGUGCUUCACUUGGGAAUCUUAGGUUUGGAAAAGCGGUUCAAGCCCAGGUGAUCAAAUGCGGAGCGGAAGAUGUAUUUGUUUCUACUGCAAUUGUCGACUUGUAUGCCAAAUGUGGGCAUAUGGCUGAAGCUAGGGAAGUGUUCUCCCGUAUCCCCAACCCUAGUGUUGUCUCUUGGACAGUAAUGUUAUCUGGUUGCACAAAGAGUAAUGAUGCUUUCUCUGCUCUUGAAAUAUUCAAGGAAAUGAUACGUUCAAGUGUUGAAAUCAAUAGCCGUACUGUAACCAGUGUAAUUUCUGCUUGUGGUAGACCUUCAAUGGUCUAUGAAGCAAGCCAGGUCCAUGCUUGGGUCUUAAAGAGUGGUUUCUAUCUUGAUUCUUCAGUGGCUGCCUCCUUGAUUAGUAUGUACUCAAAGAGUGGUGAUAUUCAUCUCUCUGAACUGGUUUUUGAGGAUAUGAGUGAUGUUCAGAGGCCCAAUAUCGCAAAUGUAAUGAUAUCUUCACUCUCACAAAGUAAGAAGUCUGGUAGAGCAACAAGACUUUUUAUUAGACUGCUUAUGGAGGGUGGGAGACCCGAUGAGUUUAGUAUAUGCAGUUUGUUGAGCGUAUUAGAUAGUUUAAACUUAGGAAAGCAGAUUCAUAGUUACACCCUUAAAAGUGGGUUGGUCCUUGAUCUCACUGUUGGAAGUUCUCUUUUCACAAUGUACUCCAAAUGUGGUAAUUUGGAAGAAUCUUUUAGUUUAUUCCAGGAAAUAUCUGUUAAAGACAAUGCUUGCUGGGCGUCCAUGAUUUCUGGUUACAGUGAGUACGGUUAUCUAAGAGAAGCUAUUGAACUAUUCAGUGAGAUGUUGGCUGAUGGGACUAAUCCUGAUGAAAGUACUCUAGCUGCUCUUCUAACUGUGUGUGCAUCUCUUCAUUCUCUGCCAAGAGGUAAAGAAAUACAUGGGUACUCGUUAAGAUUUGGAAUUAACAAAGGGAUGCUCCUUGGUUCUGCACUAGUAAACAUGUAUUCAAAGUGUGGCUCAUUAAAGUUGGCUAGACAAGUAUAUGAUAGGCUUCCUGAAAUGGAUCCAAUUUCAUGUUCAUCAUUAAUUUCAGGAUAUUCACAACACGGGUUAAUCCAGGAUGGCUUCUUCGUAUUUCGUGAUAUGGUAAUAUCUGGCUUUACCAUCGACUCUUUUGAAGUUUCAUCCAUUCUUAAAGUCGCUGCUAUCUCAGACGAAUCAUCUCUGGGAGCUCAAGUACAUGGCUACAUCACAAAAAGUGGAUUGUGCACGGAGCCUUCUGUAGGAAGUUCACUACUGACAAUGUACUCGAAAUUUGGAAGCAUUGAGGACUGCUGUAAAACAUUUAUCCAGAUCAGUAGCCCAGAUUUAAUCGCAUGGACAGCGCUGAUUACAAGUUAUGCUCAACAUGGGAAGGCCACUGAAGCGUUGCAAGUGUACAAUCUUAUGAAGGAAAAAGGAUUCAAGCCUGAUAAAGUGACUUUUGUAGGAGUUUUGUCCGCUUGUAGUCAUGGUGGUUUGGUUGAAGAAGGUUAUUCUCAUCUAAACUCGAUGGUACAAGACUAUUGUAUCGAACCUGAGAACCGCCAUUAUGCCUGCAUGGUCGAUGCUCUUGGGAGGUCAGGAAGACUUAGAGAAGCUGAGAGUUUUAUCAACAAUAUGCCUAUUAAAGCGGACGCCUUGGUCUGGGGAACAUUACUUGCUGCUUGCAGAGUUCAUGAGGAUGUUGAACUCGGGAAGCUAGCUGCAAAAAAAGCUAUAGAGCUAGAGCCAUCAGACGUUGGAGCGUAUGUUUCACUCUCAAACAUUCUUGCAGAGGUUGGUGUGUGGGAAGAAGUAGAGGAAACUCGAAAUCUGAUGAAAGGAACAUGUGCACAGAAGGAAACUGGAUGGAGUUCUGUCUGAUGUUUAAACUUUGGGUAUGCAUUUACAAGCUGCAAGGUUCAUUUUUGUCAGUGUUUGGGAAAAUACAGAAUGUUCAGACAUAGUUGCAGAAGUCCUAACAAUUAGACCUAAUGUUUUUAUAAAUAUGGUUUGUUGCACACUUCAAUCCAUUUGUAUGUUGCUCAUUUGGGUUUUAAUGAAAGUUGGCCGACAAAAAACAAAGAUGCAGAAGUCCUGCUCCAAGUUAUGACAAAUCACUGAAGAAGGAACAAUUGAAAGCAAUUGGAGAUUGAAGCUGAAAUUGAUUGCGUUGUAAGGGACAGUCUUUCUUUUGAAUGAUCAUGGGUUCUUGGACAGUUCUUAGAACAAUUUCAUUCUCGUUCAAGGUUAUUUAUCUUU